AUGAGUAUCGUUAACGAAAAGGUAUUAAGUUCUAAUACUAGCCAUUUAGGCAAAAUAGGAAAAUCUAGCGAGCUUGAAUAUUUAAAAACAAAUGAAAUUGAUAAAGAAAAUAUAGAUGUAAAUAAUUUGGACAAUCUUAUAACAUGUAGUAGUGUCUCUAGGAAUACACAAAUGGAUUCUAAUAUGAGUCAAAAAAGUGGAAUGGAACAAAAUUUAUCUGCAUCUACUACUAGUAGUGGUUCUGAGAAAUGGAUACCAAACACAUCUAGAUCAAUGGAAUUAGAUGCUGAACAAAAUUACUACAAUGAAAUAUGUAUGAACGAAAAUGAUUUGGCUAAUAAUAAAUAUGAUAAUUCAAUUUCCAAAGACAAAUAUAUUAACAAGAAUAAUGAACAUAACAGUAGGGUUGUAGAAUCUGAUAAAGCAUCUGUGAAUCCAUGCACAAAUGAAAAUGAUGCUUUAGAAAAAUCGAAAAUAAUUGAAUCCAAUCAUAAUCGUUUAAAUGAAUUAAGUUUAGAAUAUUCUCAAAUAUUGAAUCAAAUAUAUGGAAAGAAAAAAAAUGAAAAUAAAUCAAAAUAUAAUUUAAAUCUUAAUAGUGAGCUUUUAAACGGCGAAAUAGUAGAUAGUGAAAUAUUGAAUAAACAAAUGGUAGCAUCUGAAAUAUUAAAAAAGAAUAUAGUUAGAUGUAAAAUUUCACAAAAUAAAUUUAUUGAUGAUACUAUAAAUGAUAUUAUAUCUCAGAUAAACGAUGAAAAUUCAAUGUAUUCAGAUCUACAAAAUAUAAAACAUUUAAAAAAUAAUGUAGAAAACGAUAUUCCAAUUGAUGCUGCAUCUAGUAACAAACAUGCAUUAUUAAAUUUGCAUAUGAAUAACACAAUAACGAAUUAUAAUGGUGAUAUAGAAACAGAUGGAGUAAUAAACAAUGUUAGACGAAAUGGAAAUGCUGGAAAAGAAAUCAGGGGUAAAAAUAUGAAUCUAAAUAAAAUACAAGAUAUAAAGGAAAAGGAUGAUUUUAUAAAUAAUUUAGAUAAUAAGGGUUCACAAAAAAAUGAGAAUAGAAACAAAAAUAACAAAGAAAAAUUGGCUAGACAAAAAAAUAAUUCCGAAAUGAAAAAAUCGAAUCAAAUUUAUAAAAAUUGUUCAAAAAUGAAAAAAAACGAAAAUACCAAAGAAUUAAAUUUAUCAAAUAAAAAUUAUACAAAUUAUUCAUCUGUUGAUAGUUCUGAUUGUUGUUCUGAAUAUCCAAAAUGUAAUUGUUAUAGUAUUAAUAAUUUUUACCAAAGUUGGAAAGCUUCCAAAAAAAAUAGAAAUCGUAUAAUAGAUUCUGAUGUAGAUGCAAUUUAUCCAAAUAAAACAAACAAAAAUGAUUCUAUUAAUAAUAAUCGAGAUAAAGAUAAGAGAAGAAAGAAGGAACAAUUAAAUAAAACUCAAGAAUCAAUUAAAGGUUCACAAAAUAAUAGAAAAAAAGAAAUAGAUGGAAACAAAUUUAGAUGUAACACAUCUAUAUCAAAUCAAAAUUAUAUUAAUAAUUUGAAAAUAUCAAAUAUUAAUGAUCAUAAUAAUUGUGAAGAAAAUGAAAAUGAAUCUCCACGUAACAUAAAUGAAUUAACAAAUGAAGAAAAAGAAAUUAUAAAACAAUAUAUUAAUAAAUAUGGUCCUAUUUCGAUUAAUAAUAAUUAUGAACUUUUAAUGAGAGAUAAAAGUUUGGCUAAAAAUGCAAUGAACACAAUAUUUGAACCCAUUACAUCUAAUAAAAAAAAUACAUCUAGAAUAUCAAAUCAAGGAAGUACUAAAGAAAUAAUGGAUUCAAUAUCUCAAAAUCGUGAUCAUUCACAACUUGAAUCUUCGAAUUUUGAUAAUCAACAAUGUAGAACAAAUAGAAAUACAGGCAUGUAUUCAAAUUUUAUAUAUGAGCAAUUAAGUAAACCCAUUAACAUACCAAACAAAACUGAUGGAGCUAAAGAAAGAAGCAAUACAAAAAAGAGUGUUGGGUUUAAUACAAAAAAAAGUGGCGAGUUUAAAGACCGAAGCAAUACGAACAAACGUGUCGGAGUUAAAGAACGAAGCAAUGUAAACAAACGUGUUGUAUUUAAAGAUAUUAAUGAUAAUGAAACAAUGUAUAAUAGUAAAAUGGAUUCUAGAUACUGUCAAAAUGGUUCUAAUGGUAGAAAUAUUCUUCCCUAUGAUCCCAAAAUGAAUAUUAAAAAUAAAUACUAUAAAGGCACAAACCAAAGAGAUAUGGAAUAUAUGAGAGAUGAAAAUUAUGAUAAUUUUUCGAGAUAUAGAAAUGAAAUAUAUAAUAACCAAUAUGAUGAUUGUAACGGAAUUACGUCAAUAAUGAAUAACAAUCAAUUUAUUAAUAAUUCUAAAUCAUUAAAAAUGCAAGAUAUAAUGAAUAUGAAUAGCAAAAUGGGAAAUGUAAUAAAUGGGGAUGAUAAUAUAUUGCAAAACUCGAAUUUAGAUCGAAACAAACUAUGGGCAGAUGUAGUAGGAAACAAAGGAAUAAAAAAUAUAAUUCAGAAUAGUUCAUCUAAUAUGAAAGAUAUGUUUGAAUUUUCUAAUGGUUCAAAUAAAAUGAGAGAUUAUGAUAUUUCACUAAAAUCGGUGCAAGGUAAUAACAAUUAUGUCAAUGCAGAAACAAAUGAUGAUAGACAAUCUGAUGAAAUAAAUAACUAUUUAAUGAAUGGUGGAAAUAAUUUACAACAAAAAGGAAUGCAUAUGAGCUUUACUAAUCAGAAUCAGAAUCAGAACAUGUCGAACCUAUGCAAUGGAAUAGAUGCAAAUUAUGAUGCUGAAAAUUUUGAAAAUGGAAAAAGCCAAAACAAAAAUAUAAAAAAUACUAAUCGAAAAGGUGGGAAAUUAAAAAAAUCAAAAUCUUUUGGAGGUACUAUAAAAAAAGGAGGAAAUGUUUUUAACUUAGAUUUAGAAUCAUAUAGAAUUAAAAAAACACCAUUAUGUAUAUAUUCAGUUAGAGAUAUAUGCAACAAUUACAAACUUAGCAAAAAACACAUAAAAUAUACAGCAUCUUAUGAAGUGGCAGUAGAUUGUGAUUGUACUAUACAUCAUAGUAUCCAAUGUGUUAAAGAUUAUGUUGGUUUUUUAAAAGAGGUUCAUUUAAAAAAAAAAAAAAAAAAUGAAGAAAAUAAAUAUAAAUUAAAAGGAAAAAGAAAUAGUAAAGGACAAAAACAAAAUAAAAAUGUGGAAAAAGAAAAUGAAUCUAAUAAAGAUGCUGAAAAAAAUGAUACUAAAAAUUCAAAAGUAUCAAAAGUAUCAAAACCUAAUAUAAAAGUAGAAGAAAAUAAAAUGGGUUCUAAUCAAAAGGUUUUCAUAAAAAAGGAAAAAUUAUCUGAUUCGGAAAAUGAAAAAAAGAAUGAAAAAGAGAAUGAAAAAGAGAAUGCAAAAAUAAAUAUAAAAGUUAACGUAAAAGAAAACAUAAAAAAGGAACGUGUCGAAAAUGCAGGGAAUCAAAUAAAGAAAGAAAAUAACAAACCUAAUGAAAUACAAAAAAGAGACGAAAAAGAUGAAGAAAAUGAAGAAAAUGAAGAAAAUGAUGAUGAUGAUGAAGAAGAAGAAGACGAUUAUGAAGACGAUUAUGAUGAUGAUGAUGAUGAUGAUGAAGAUGAUGAUGAUGAAGAUGAAGAUGAUGAAAAUAAUAUAUAUAAUUUAAGCCAAUGCAAUAAUAUAUUAUAUAAUAUAAAUAAAAUAUGGCAUCCAGGGUUUAAUAGACCAUUAGGUGAUGUAGGAAGAAAAUUGAUUCUAAAAGAAAUAAGAGAACAUCAUCAUAGAGACCCUAAAAAAACAACAGAUUUGUUAUUAGAAAGAGGUUUAGAUUAUGGAAAAGUUCGAUUCAUGAGAGUAAAUGAAUUAUAUCAUUAUAUGUAUGCAUUAGAUAGUUUUGAAUAUGCAAUAAAAAUAUCAUUAGAAUUUGGAUCAAAUAUUAGAAUGAGUACAAUUAGUAAUAGAGUAGAUCAUUCAUCAUUAUGUUUAAAUUUAAAAAGUGGAUAUUCAUUUUGUCUAAUAUGUUGUUCACAACGACCAAAUAUUUAUGGAUUAUAUUCUAACAUAAAUCUUAUGCAACAUAUGUUGCUUUUAAAAAGCUCUUAUAAAUAUCUUAAUAAAUUUGCCAGAAAAACAAAUCUUCCAAAAAAAGAUAAACUAGCUAGAGCUAUGCGUAAAACAAUGGAAAAAAAUAGAAAUGAUUUCGAUAAAAUAAAGGAAGCAUUGAAAGAAAAUGAAGAAAUUUGUAAUAAGUAUCCUGAAGAAGAUAUAGAAGAACGACAUAGAUAUUAUAUGAUUCAAAAAAAUUGGAAUCAUGUAAAAAAAAAAAAAAAUCGAAUGAAUAAAAAUGAUUCACAAGUUCCUAUUGAUUAUUUUAAUGAUAAUAAUUUUUCAGAUGUAAAAAAAGACGGUACUAAUGAUUAUAUUAUUGAAAAUGAUAAAAUAGGUUCAUACAAUAGUUUAGAUGGAAAUAUAAUAUAUAAAGAUAAAUAUAGUUUAAAUAAUAUAUACAAUCCUGAUAUUAGCAUAACCAAUGAUAAACAUAUUUAUUAUGAAAGUGAAAUAGAUGACAAAACAUCAAAAAAUGAAGAUAACUUGCAAGGGAAAUAUCAAAAUCUCGACAAAAAUGAAGAGGAUUAA